AGUAAAGCGUGGAGCCAAAUAGCACGGGAUGCGCUGUCUCGUAACGCAAAUCCUACCUUUAGUUCCAUCUUUGUUUGUAACAGCUUUGGAGAAGUUUACUGUGUUGUUUAUACUUUAUAGUACUAGUCUAUACGUGGGGAUUGGGGAGAGUGAGCACAGAACAUUGUGUUUUAGUUUUGACUUAUAGCGAACAGAAGACAUGGAGAGCGAUAACAAACAAAAGGAUGAAGACGAUAAAAUUUUCAUAGCUAAGACACCCUUAGAAAUUCAAAGAUUGAAGUUAGAAAAAUUGAUGAAAAAUCCGUGAAAGUACAAACAGCAUAGCCCAAAGUGUAGGUAGAUUGGAAUGUGGCCUUCCAGUUGUCAAUGUCAACAAAUGCAUCUAUGAAAUCUCAGAUGGUAGGAUGUACUGUAAUGCUUUGGCCCCUGUCAUCAUCAAGAAGGACAAGCCUGUCACAAUUCCUGAAAGGCCAAAGGACAAGAGCAUGCCCCAUGUGCCCGAUUUUGUGCGGAAUGUUAUGGGCUCCAGUGCAGGUGCAGGGAGUGGAGAGUUUCAUGUCUACAGACAUCUACGCAGGAAGGAGUAUGCUAGGCAGAAAUUCAUCCAAGAAAGAGCUGAGAAGGAUCUGAUGGAUGCAGCCUAUCAUCAGAAAUUAGAAGAGCAUCGUCGUGCUGCUGAAGAAAGGACUGCAAAGAAAAGAGCAAAAAGACUGAAGAAAAAACAGAAGGCCCAAAAACGUCCAAAGAGUGAAAACUUAAGCAAGUCUGAGAACAGCAAUUCUGCAAGUGAAUACAGUGCUGAAAGUGGAAGCAGUGGCGAUGAAGAAAAUAAAUGAUAUGUGGUUUUCAAUUUGAUCUCAUUUGCAAUCAGUAAGGAUAAAUGAAAAUAUAGUCCUAAGAGAAGCACAUUAUGUAUUCUGUUCAUGUAUCAGUAAUGGUAUAUAUUUUCAUAUUUCUCCAAGAUGAGAACUGUCAUUAUCUCACUGCUGUACCAAGUCUAGGUCAUUAUCAUUAUUUCUUACUGAUUAUGGAGUGAGCUAAUAAUAGACCCUCAAAAAUAAUGUUCAUGUUUGCAUGCGCAACAUUAUUUCUUUAUUUGCUUCCAACAACUAGCAAUUUGGAAAUGAGCAUUCCCAAAUAUUACCACUAGUAAAAUUGUACAGAUUAAACACAUGGGUCCCAGGAUCAGCUCUGACCUCUUGACAGUAUUUUCCUAUAUGUUUUACAGUUAUGGAAGUUUUACAAAUUUAUUUUCAACUCAGUGUUUUGAUGAUGCAAGGAAAUUCAGCUUUGGAUAUUAAUAUCCAUACAGGUGGCAGUUCAGCUCCACAUACACUGAUGUUGUUUUGGCAUAAUAAAUCUCAUUUCAUUAUUAUAA